UUAUUACCAUUUCUCUCUCUUUUUUCUAUUUCGCUUUUGAUUUUUCUCUUACAGCCUUCUUUUAUUUGUUGGGUUGUGAGUGAUUUGUUCGUUUUCUUUUCCUUUCUGUUUCUGGGAUUUGAUUUGGUUUCUGAGGUAGCAAUCUGUGUCUGGGUUUGUGUUUUUGUGUUUUGUUUCUUUGAUUUGGUAAUGGACGGUCGAGAUCAUCAUCGUUUUGGUUUAGUGGCGCAUGCCCCUCCUCCUGGUUACUUCAUACGUUUGAACAAUACUGGACCGAAAGACGAUUUAUAUCUAAGUAAAAGGGAUAGAAUGCGCAGGUGGCUUUGUUGUGCUUGUCAAGUUGAAGAACCCUACCCAUCAGCGGAAAGUGAGCACCUAAAAAGCCCAGGAAGUUACGGAGAUGGUGGUCACCAAAAGGUCUCAAAAGAGCCAGCUUCUCACAAAUCUGAAGCACCAAGAGCUCCACCUCCCAUAGAUGUUCCAGCGUUGUCUCUGGAAGAAUUGAAAGAAAAGACUGACAACUUCGGGUCCAAGGCAUUGAUUGGUGAAGGGUCUUACGGUCGAGUUUAUUAUGCUAGAUUAAACGAUGGGAAAACUGUGGCAGUAAAGAAGCUGGAUGUAUCCUCCGAGCCUGACUCGAGUGUCGACUUUUUGACUCAGGUUUCUACAGUCUCAAGGUUGAAACAUGAAAAUUUUGUUGAGUUGCACGGAUACUGCGUUGAAGGAAAUCUCCGUGUUCUUGCAUAUGAGUUUGCAACUAUGGGUUCUCUACAUGACGUAUUGCACGGUAGAAAGGGAGUACAAGGGGCACAGCCUGGUCCAGUGCUCGAUUGGAUGCAACGUGUGAGAAUCGCUGUCGAUGCAGCUAGAGGAUUGGAGUACUUGCAUGAGAAGGUUCAACCUUCUAUCAUACAUAGAGAUGUUAGAUCCAGCAAUGUGCUUCUCUUUGAAGAGUAUAAAACAAAGAUUGCAGACUUUAACCUUUCUAACCAAGCUCCGGACAUGGCUGCACGACUUCAUUCUACUCGAGUUUUAGGAACUUUUGGCUAUCAUGCUCCAGAGUAUGCUAUGACAGGACAAUUGACUCAAAAGAGCGAUGUCUACAGCUUUGGAGUCGUUCUACUCGAGCUUUUGACUGGGAGGAAACCCGUUGAUCACACCAUGCCUCGCGGGCAGCAGAGUCUUGUUACGUGGGCUACUCCAAGGCUAAGUGAAGACAAAGUUAAACAAUGUGUUGAUCCAAGGCUGAAGGGUGAAUAUCCACCUAAAGGAGUCGCCAAGCUGGCUGCUGUUGCAGCACUGUGUGUGCAAUAUGAAGCCGAGUUCAGGCCGAACAUGAGCAUUGUCGUCAAGGCUCUCCAGCCGCUUCUAAAGCCACCUACGCCUAUGCCUGCAUCGUCUCCUGAACCUUGAAGUAAAUUGAUAUCGAUUUUCUUCCUCACUGUUGAUAUAUGUCAGCCUACAUUGCAAAGUUUGGUUUCAUGGUGAUCAUAAAGAAUUCAUAUAUUCAUUAUUUGUUCCAAUUAUUAUUGUUGUUUUCCCUUGAAGAUCCUCGAGUCUGAGACUAUGGGAGUGGAUGCUAUAGGGGAAGCUACCGUAUGAUUAUUAUUUACUUUCCCCUUCGCUCUUUUGAUAUCAAUGGAUAUGGGUUGGUCUUUUCAGCUUGUU